AAAAAUAUAUUUACAUAUUAACUGGCCCAGUCCAAAAAAUAAUGGUAGUAAUGAGCCAGGUUAAAAAACCUAAACGUGAACUGUUCAAUGCCGAACAAAUCGAUGAUGGAGAAUUGCAAUCGGACGAUGAAGGCGGUGCCGGAGAAAAUGCCGAACAACAGGAUGAAAUGCAAAAAGAAAUCAAAAUUAUUGCUCAAGAAGUGAAAAUUGUCAAAUCCCUAGCAUGCAACGAUCUGAACAAAAGGAAUAAGCAAAUGAAAAAGUUGCGCAAAUGGUUGCAGCUACGCGCCCAAUCAUCCUUCCCCUUCCAACAGGAAGAUUUCAUGAGAAUUUGGAAAGGUCUCUACUAUAAUAUGUGGUAUUCCGAUAAGCCGUUGGUGCAGGAAGAUCUGGCCGAACAGUAUGGCAAACUGCUGGAGUGCUUCGAGGGCAACUUGGAGUUGAGUGUGAAUUUCUUUGGUGCUUUCCUCAGCACAAUGUGUAUUCAUUGGUUUGGCAUAGAUCAGUGGCGCAUUGAUAAAUUUAUGAUGUUGACCCGUCGUAUGCUGCGUUAUAUGUUCAAAAUAUUGAAAGCCAGCAAAUGGGGCAAAGAAGCCGUGGAAAUAUUCAAUAAACAUGCCACCGAAACGGUUUUAUUCGAAAAUGUGACGGCCAAAGGUUUGACCAUGCAUUAUUUGGAUAUUUUCUUUGAGGAAUUGGCCAAGGUCUCCGAGGGCGAUAUUUCGGCAGAGCAAGUGGCACUUUUUGUGAAGCCAUUUGUUGCGUUCACCACCACUCAGAAGGACUACCAGCUAAUUUCACAUUGCCGUACCAGGGUGUUCUAUCAUUUGCUAUACCAAAGUGAUCUGGGUAGGGAAUACUCGGACAAGUACAAUGCCUGGAAAGAAAUGGGUUUCCCCACCAAACACAUUGAUGAUUUGGAAAAGUGUGAGGACUCGGAAGAAGAAAAUGCCGACGAAGAAGAAAACGAGGAUGAAAAUCAAGAGGAGGUAGAAGAAGACGAAAACAAUCAAAACAAACACUUAGAUCCACGUGCUGGUAAUGUGGACGUAUUUAUGCCAGUAUUGCCCUUAGAUGCUGCACCAAUUAUUAAUGAUUUGGAAACCUUCCUCUAUAAGGAGGAGUGUGCCACAAAACGCCGCAAGGUGCUGAGAAAACUUGUAGACACUUUCAAGACAUACCAAAAUGGUGAAUUCCCAUUGGGUAUUAAGACAAUGCCAAGAUUUGAACAGAAAUCAGAGGUGCCCCUAAUUAAGGACAAAAUCAAGCAAUUAGAAAAUUUGGAGAAUGAAUUAUAUGGAGUCGAUAGGAAACUAAAACAGCUAACCAAACGCAAACGUAGAAAGCUUUUGAAGUCUUUGAAUUACGACGAAAUCGAUGAAAGUAAUUAUGAACAGAAAUUGGAAAAGGCAUUGCCAAAGGACUAUUUGGUUGAAAGAAGGAAAAAGUCUCAAAAGGCAUUUAUGGCUGGAUGGCUGGAAGAAGAACUGGAUGAGUCGGAUAUAAAACCCAAGAAGGCAAAGAAGCUUGAAAAUAUUACAGAAAAAGAAAAUGAUGAUACCAACCAAAAGGUCACGACGAAGAAGACUAAAAAACAAAAACUGCUCGCACAAGGUGGAACAGAAAAUGGUGUCGCUGGUGAUGAUGAUGAUGAACCCCAGAAGAAAUUAAAACGUUUGGAUAACAGCUUGACAAAUGGUGAAAAGAAAUCGAAUAAAAAAUCCAAGAAAAUCAAUGAAAGUCUUGCUCAAGAAGAAGAAGAAAACGAUAAUGGCAAGGAGAAUAACUCAACAACAAAUAUUGAAAAUAAAAAAUCCAAAAAGGUCAAAGAAAAUGAUACAAACGAGAAGGCGGCCGCAAAUGGUGGAGAUGCAAAACUGAAUAAGAAAACAAAAAAGGCAAAACAAGAAGAGGAUGAAUCAAAAAAUGUACCCACCGCCGCCGCCACAACAUUUAAUGGCUCGCCAAAUACUUCUGUAAAACAGACAAAAGUUUUAAAAAUUUCCGAUGGCUUACCCGAAACACCAAAAGCCAAACCUAAGGAACCAAAAGUUUUGAAAAUUUCCGAUCCCGAUGAACAGAUCACACCCAAAAGUAAGAAGUCACAAAAAUCGUUAACAUCAACACCGCUUAACGAAUGGGAUGAACCAUUGGGAGAAGGUGAAAUUGAAUAUUUUCUACCAUCACGCAAAUUACAGCUGAAGAAAGCCAAUGCCGAUUUGGUUGUGAAUCCUUUGGCCAAAAGUCGUCUUAGUGCCAGUCAACAAUCAACACCGUUGAACUCGAAAAAAUUAUCGCUGUCGACGGCAAAUACACCUAGCACUCCAGGUGGUACGAAACGUGUCAAAAUCGCCCUCAAGCACAAUACUUCACAGAAUCCUGCCGAAUAUAUACAGCAAAUUAAAAGUUCACCCAAUAUACCAUAUGAUGCUAAAAAGAAACCAGGCAAGGGUCUGUUGAAACCUAACGCCAUGCCCAGUCCCAUAAAUCCAUUUUACAAAAAGAAGAUCGGUUUGAAAUUACUUAAUGACACAAUUUGAUAUUGUUGCCGAAAACUAUCGUUUUUUAAAAAAUAAGUCAAUU